CUAGGUUUUGCCCUGCGCCAACAGCGCAAAUGCGUGCUCGUGUCUCCCCUCCCGGCGGCUGCCGUCUCCGUUAGCCUCGCCGGAGCGGACAAGCAACGAGCCGAUGGCGAAGAGCGACGACGCGUUGGCGCGGAAGCGCAGCAAGGUGCGCCGGAAGCGCCUGCGCAGCAGCGAGAACGCCGUCUCGGAGCGGGUCGCGGCAAUCAUCGCAUCCAAUCGCCGCCGCAAGUUGGGAAAGCGCCGCGCCUGAGAGGGCAUGUGCUUCUCGCUCCCCACACCCGACGACCCCUUCAACUACAGCCACGGGAAGAAGCGCAAGAACGACGAGCCGACCGACGACACGCCCGCCGCUACCGCCAAGGACGACGACCCAAAGAAGAAGAAGGACACAAACACAAAGAAGCAGCCGCCGGCAAAGGCCGUACCCAAGGCCAAGUCCAAGGUCAUACGUGAGCGGGAGACGGAGAGGGAGGAGGGCCGCGUGGACUACGACCGGCCGUCCAAGUUCUUGGUGGUCUGCCUCAACGCCAUCCGGGACGAGGUGGCGCCCGAGGACGGCGGCGGCAUCCACGGCGCCGGCGAAUGGGGCGUGGAGCUCUGGGGGUGCUGCUCCGCGCCGUGCGACGUGCUCGAUACCAGCGGCGCGUGCGCCACGCUGCAGCAGACGGCGUGGCUCGUCUCCACCGCCUGCGACAUCGUCGCAGGGAAGGAGAGGCUCGGGGCUGUCGUCUCUUGCCCCUUCCUGUUGUACCUCGUCCCGUCCCAGGAAAAGGCCGUGCAAGUGCGAUCGAUAUGCAAACCCCUGAAGCCUCUUGGAAUUCAUUCGGUGAGCUUGCAUCCUGGCGCUUCUGUUGAACACCAGAUAUCAGGACUCAAAAGUUGUGAACCGGAGUUUCUUAUAUCUACUCCGGAGAGACUUCUUGAACUUAUUUCGUUAAAGGCGAUUGACAUAUCAAAUGUAUCAAUGCUGGUUGUUGAUGGACUGAAGUCUUUCAUGGACCUUAAUGUCAGCGACAAACUUUAUUCUAUUAGAGAUGCAAUAUCAAGCAAUCCUCAGAUAACUAUCUUCAGUGACCCAUAUGAUAAAAAUGUUGCUACGAUAGCGAGGAAUCUAGUCCGUGGAAGAAUUACUAAGCUCUCUAUGAUUGAUUCUGUUACCUCCCGAAGUGCAUUCAUAGCCCAGUAUGUGCACUUCUGUCCAUCUGAGGAGCAGAAAACAUCAAAGGUCAAAGAAAUUCUUGAUCAGAUUUUAAAAAGUCAUGCUAGAAAGACGUCAAAGGUUCUGCUAGUAGCUGCAAGCGAUAAAAAAGCGCAGCACCUAUCAUCAUCACUUAAACUGGAAAAUUGCACCGUGACUGAUGACUCACAUGGCAACUCUUUUACAAUAUGCAGCAGUGUGGGGCUGAUGAAUGUCCUUGUGAAAGACCGGGAGAACAUGGUGAUGACAGAUGUAGAAGAAUUUGAGACUUUGUUGGUUGUGGAUUUGCCUCCUUUGGUCGAUGAAUAUGUUGAGAUCCUCACCGGGGCUACUCGUCAUGUUGUUGGAGGGGAGGUGCAUAGUAUCUUUUCUAACGUAGAUGCGCCAAUUGCAAAACCUUUGGCUGACCUUCUUGCAAACUGUAGCCAAGAGGUUCCUGGGUGUCUCAAAAACUUGGAGCCCUCAUAGCAGGUUUGGUUACUCUAUCAGAGCAAUUAGAGUCAAUCAUGGUGACAUGGUUUAGUUGGCGCCAUUGAUCAUCCAUGGCACUUCUUGUCACCAAGCAGUUUUGAUGUUCUUGUGUUCUUUCUACUUGUAGUUUUCAUUGUCAGCACAACAAUGAUAUCUAGGCAUCGGCCUUGAUGUA